AUGGCACGUUUUCUUGGUCUUCGGGGUACUCGCCUCAAUGUCGCAGCUAUCAUUGGGGUAUUGAUGCCGGGGAUCAUGUCGGUUGGCUACAACACGGCUUCGCUUGGAGGGGUUUUGUCUUUGGACAGCUUCAACAGAACCUUUCCUGAAAUCGACGUGGUGCAUGCCAAAAACAAAGAUUAUGCGUCUUCUUUGGAAGGGACCGUUGUGGCCGCCUUUGCGAUUGGCUCCUUUCUGGGGUCAUUUUCCUGCAUUUGGAUGGGUGAUUGGCUGGGCCGUCGCCGUACCAUGAUGGUCGGAGCAGCCACUCAGAUCACUGGUUAUGCUCUAAACGCCUCAUCCUACUCAUUGGUACAGCUCAUCGUGUCACGAAUGCUUGUGGGAAUGGGGACUGGUAUCUUAUUGGCCACCAUUCCUCUUUGGGUCUCUGAGACUGCCCCAGCCAAGCGACGUGGCUCUCACGUUGUCACAAAAGGCAUAUUCACGGGCCUGGGAUGCGCAACUGCUUUGUUUUUCGACUUUGGAAUGUCUUUCAAGACUAAAAGCAGCAUUGCAUGGCGGAUUCCCUUUGCAUUUCCAACUGUUCUGUCUGCGACUGUCUUGACAUUUGCGAUACUUCUACCUGAAUCGCCUCGCUGGUUAAUUCAGAGAAGCAGAAUUGCAGAAGCCAGAUAUAUCCUAGCCGCUCUAGCUGAUAUCGGUGCUGAAGAUGAGAAAAUUGAAGGCACGAUCAGCGAAGUGCAAGCUUCACUGAGCUUGGCAGGCGGGAACACAGAUUUCAAGCAACUCUUUCAGAUGGGACCACAGAGAGUCUUUCACCGAGCAAUGCUCGCGGUCGGUGGUCUGUUGUUUCUACAAUUGACUGGAGCUACAGUCACUACAUAUUACACGACUGCAAUCUUCGAAAACAAUCUUGAACUAAAGGAGUCCACAGCAAGACUUCUGGCAGCUGUGUAUCAGCUAGCUGGACCCUUCGGCGCUAUACUCUGUGUCUUCAUCAUUGAGGGAGUUGGACGCCGCCGCCUGAUGAUGGGUAGCGCCAUUGGCAACGCUAUAUGCUUAGCCUGCAUCGCCGGCCUCGGAUCCCAAACGGACAAUAUCAAGGCCUGCCAUGCUGCUGUGUUCUUCCUUUUCCUCUUCCAUUUCAGCUACAUUAUCGGCUAUGGGGGCAUACCUUACCUAUAUGCCACGGAGGUUGCGCCCCUCCAUCUACGCGCCACCAUCAACUCCGUUAGCAUCAGCGUGGGAGGCGCCUUCAGCAUCUUGAUUGCGCACAUCACACCUCUCGCCUUCAACAAAAUGGGCCAAAAAUACUUUCUCGUUUUCGCAGUGCUGAAUACCGUAAUGGUCCCGAUGAUUUAUUUCCUGUUCCCAGAGACAUCAGGACGCACCCUCGAAGAAAUAGACGACAUUUUCACACUAUCUGAUAGUGUCCUGGAUACUGUUCGUGUCUCAAGAACUCUGCCAUGUCUUCCGGCCCACGAGCAGAUUGAAUCGCCCAUUGAGUCCAAGCCCAAGUUCCAGACGAUUUUGAAGGAGAAGGAGAUUUCUGUUUAG